AUGUCGGAUAUACUAUCGAAAAAGCAGAUCUUCACAGAAAACUUCAAGUAUAAUGAGUCCUUCGUACUAUUAUUCUCCAUCUCGUCAUCCUUAAUCUGGAUUAUGGUCCCCGGUUUGGCAUUUUUGUAUUCGGGUUUGGCCAGAAGAAAGUCAGCCUUGUCCAUGGUAUGGAUUGUUUUCAUGUCCUCCUUCAUCGGGAUCUUCCAAUGGUACUUCUGGGGCUACUCGUUAGCAUUCUCAGACACAUCCUCCAACAACUUCAUCGGGGACUUGCAUUUCUUUGGGUUCAAAAAUCUUUUGGGCGCUUCCAGUUCCGACUCAGACUUCCCUCAAAUAGCAUACGCUCUCUUCCAGAUGCAAUUCUUGCUUGUUACCUUGGCCAUUUUGGCAGGUGCUUGUGUUGCCGAAAGAGGCCGUUUUUUGCCUUCCAUGAUCUUUUUGUUUUGUUGGGCCACCGUGGUCUACUGCCCUGUAGUCUACUGGAUUUGGGGUGGUGGCUGGGCCUCUUCUUUCAGAGGCGGUGCCCUUGAUUACGCUGGCGGAGGUCCUGUUGAGAUUCUUUCCGGUGUGUCGGCAUUUGUAUUCAGUGCCUUCUUGGGAAGAAGAAACGAGACUUUGAUGAUCAACUAUAGACCUCACAACAUCUCCACCAUCUUCUUGGGUACCUCGCUUCUCUACAUGGGAUGGUUGUUUUUCAACGGAUUUUCGUGUGCAAAUGCAUCGCUCAAAGUCCCAUACUCCAUGAUGAACACACACUUGGCCGGAGCUUUCGGUGCCAUUUCAUGGGUGUUGCUUGAUUUCAGAUUGGAGAAGAAGUGGUCCAUGGUCGCUGCCUGUUCUGGAUGUAUUUCCGGGUUGGUGGCUGCUACUCCUUCUUCGGGGAUGAUUCCUCUCUGGGCUUCGGUGAUUUUGGGAAUUGCUGCGGGUAUCAUCUGUAACUUUUCCACCAAGCUCAAGUACAUAUGCCGUGUUGAUGACUCUCUUGAUGUGUUGGCGGAGCACGGUAUAGCCGGAAUCAUUGGGUUGAUUUUCAACGCCUUGUUCGGGUCUUCUACGGUGAUUGGUUACGAUGGAGUCACCGAUCACUUGGGUGGAUGGAUCGACCACAACUGGAAACAGUUGUACAUUCAAAUUGCGUACAUCUUAGCAACUGCUGGUUAUUCUGCGGGUGUUACUGCAAUUUUGUGCUUUGUGAUCGACAAGAUCCCUGGCUUGCAUUUAAGAAUCGACUACAACGCAGAAGAAGUGGGUGUGGACGAGGACCAGAUUGGAGAGUUUGCGUACGAUUACGUGGAGGUCAGAAGAGACUUCUUGGACUGGUCGAACCCAGUAGCCGAGCAAUCUCAGCAGCACUCCGAAUCCGCUUCCAUCGCCCCAUCUUUGAGAAACACUCAUGUUGAUCGUGAGAACAAGCCAGAGACCCGUCAAAUCUACGAGGCCGUGGAGGACGGUGACACAUCCACCGAGCACGGCGCAGAGACCGCCAGCAGUAUGGAGAAAAACGAAAAGACUAACUAG